AUGGAGAUCGAGAACAUCGUGGCCAACACGGUGCUGCUGAAAGCCAGGGAAGGGUGUGGCAAACGGAAUGGACGCAGUAAGAAAUGGAAGGAGAUGCUAAAGUUACCACCUCUCAGUUAUUGUGAAGACCUUAGAUGUUCAAUCGAAAAAAACUAUAACCAGCUCUGUGACAAGCAGCCAAUAGGGAGACUUCUCUUCAGACAGUUCUGUGACACUAGGCCAGAUUUGAAGACAUGCAUUGAAUUCCUGGAUGCGGUGGCCAAGUAUGAAGUGUCUUCAGAUGAAAAGCGUAAAGAUUGUGGUCUGAAAGUUUUAGACACAUACUUCACUAACUUGUCUGCAGCCCACUUACCGGAAAUACCUCAGGAUACAGUGAAUGAAUGUAAAACAAGACUGGAGCAGAACCCUUGCAAAGAUCUUUUUAAUGACUGCACUAGGAUUGUCCAGGAUUAUUUAAGUGGAGCACCUUUUGAGGCUUACCAACAAAGCAUCUAUUUCUCCCGUUUUUUACAGUGGAAAUGGUUGGAAAGGCAACCAGUAACCAAGAACACAUUUAGACAUUACCGAGUACUAGGCAAAGGAGGAUUUGGAGAGGUAUGCGCUUGCCAAGUGCGGGCAACAGGAAAAAUGUAUGCUUGUAAAAAGCUAGAAAAAAAGAGAAUAAAGAAGAGAAAAGGAGAAUCGAUGGCAUUAAAUGAAAAAAGAAUUUUAGAAAAAGUGAAUAGUAGAUUUGUAGUUAGUUUAUCCUACACCUAUGAGACUAAAGAUGCCCUAUGUUUAGUAUUAACCAUUAUGAAUGGAGGGGAUUUGAAGUUUCACAUUUACAACAUGGGAAAUCCUGGCUUUGAUGAAGAAAGGGCUGUUUUCUAUGCUGCAGAGCUCUGCUGCGGCUUGGAGGACUUACACAGAGAGAGAAUUGUUUACAGAGACUUGAAGCCUGAAAAUAUUCUCCUUGAUGACUGUGGACACAUCAGGAUUUCUGAUCUUGGAUUAGCUGUGCAGAUCCCAGAAGGAGAAACAGUCCGAGGGCGGGUUGGAACAGUUGGAUACAUGGCUCCAGAAAUCCUCAACAAUGAAAGCUAUACAUUCAGCCCUGACUGGUGGGGUCUUGGCUGCCUAAUUUAUGAAAUGAUUCAGGGACAAUCACCAUUCAGGAAGCGUAAGGAAAAGGUCAAACUGAAUGAGAUAGACCGAAGAGUGAAGGAAGACCAGGAAGUGUACUCGGACAAAUUCUCAGAGGAGGCAAAAUCCAUCUGCAGGAUGUUACUUGCCAAAGAUCCAAAGGAACGAUUGGGGUGCACUGGAGAUGGGGCUGCUGCUGUAAAGCAGCAUCCCAUUUUCAAGAAUAUUAACUUCAACAGACUGGAAGCAAACAUGUUAGAACCUCCGUUUUUACCAGAUCCACGUGCAGUGUAUUGUAAGGAUGUCUUGGAUAUAGAGCAAUUCUCCACAGUAAAAGGAGUGAACCUGGAUACUACAGAUGAUGACUUCUAUUCCAAAUUUGUUACAGGUUGCGUCUCAAUCCCUUGGCAAAAUGAGAUGAUUGAAACAGAAUGCUUUCAAGAGGUCAAUAUAUAUGAAACUGAUGUCACUUUGUCACGAGACCUAGAUAUGAGCAAAGAUACUCCUAGACCAAAGAGAGGCUUCUUUCACAGACUCUUCAUGGGAGGGGUCUGUUUUAAAUCUGGUUACAUUGAUGAUGAAGAGGAGUUCUCUAGACUCUAA